AUGCGUACAUUCGCUCUCCUUACGGCUCUGGCCGUCUCCGCCCUGGCCUCGCCCUUGCCUCAGGGGGUGACGUCUGCGAUUGCUCCAUCAUCUCCAGCUCCCGGAGGUUGCCAGCCCUCGUAUAGCGGCAGCUUCGAGAUUACCGUCGUGAAUGUCUCGUCGGCAUCUAAGCGAGAUCUGUCGGAGCGUCAAACUUCUGGAAUCCUGACCCUCACUCUUGCCGACUCGAUCCUGAAAGACCAGGCCGGACGCACUGGCUACAUCGCCUCAAACUAUCAAUUCCAGUUUGACAACCCUCCUCAAGCUGGUGCUAUCUAUACGAGCGGUUUCUCCCUUUGCUCCAAUUCCAGCCUUGCGUUGGGUGGCUCUGCCAUCUGGUAUCAAUGUUUAAGUGGAUCAUUCUAUAACUUGUACGACCGAAAAUGGGCACCCCACUGUGUUCCAAUCUACAUCUACGCCCUGAUCGGAUCCUCGGCUCCGCCAGCAACACAAGCGACAGACGGUCAGCCAGCAGUGACGACUGCUGUCCCCUCGGUCACUCAGCUCACGGACGGCCAACCCCAGGUCACUUCUGUUGUCGUUACGCAGAUCUCAGAUGGACAACCCCAGGCCAAUACAGCUCCUCCCGUCACGCAAAUCAGCGACGGCCAGCCGCAAGCCCCCAGCGGAACGCCGGUGAGCCAGAUCAGCGAUGGCCAACCACAGGCUCCGACCGGCGCCCCCGUUACUCAGAUCUCUGAUGGCCAACCACAAGCCGCUACCGGAACGCCAGUCACUCAGAUCAGUGAUGGACAACCCCAGGCUCCUACUGGCGCGCCGGUCAGCCAAAUCAGUGACGGUCAGCCUCAAGCACCUACUGGCACACCAGUCACCCAGAUUAGCGAUGGACAGCCUCAAGCACCCACAGGCGCACCUGUGAGCCAAAUCAGUGACGGACAGCCUCAAGCACCUACUGGCACACCGGUCACUCAGAUCAGUGAUGGUCAGCCUCAGGCACCAACAGGCGCGCCUGUGAGCCAAAUCAGCGACGGACAGCCUCAGGCACCCACCUCUGUUGCAGCCGCCUCGACCACCAGCUCAAUUGCUCCCGCGACAUUCAGUGGCGCGGCAUACCGUGCUGAGUUCCCUGGCGGGGUCGCUGUUGUUGCGGGUAUUGCAGGGUAA